AAUUGAUGGAUUCCUUGAUUAUUUGUUCUUGUACGUAAGUACAUGAAUAUAAUGCCACCUUUCCUAAACAGUAAUAUGACACUCUAUAUGAUCUUCUCAAUCUAUCUUCUCUUUAUAAUUCCUAAAUCAACUUCCCUUCCAUCUUAUUUGUAUAACUUUUGCCCAAACACCACCUUCGCUCCCAACACCAAUUACGCAACUAACCUCAACACCCUCCUCCACACUCUCGCCGCCAACGUCGCCUCCAACCCCACCAGCUUCUACAUAACAUCAGCCGGAAAAGGCACAAGCGAUGCCGUCUAUGGCCUCUUUCUCUGCCGCGGUGACCAAAACGUCACCGCGUGCAGAGAUUGCGUGAAAACCGCAACAACCACCGACUUACCACAUACAUACUGCCCCAACUCAAAGGUGGCAACUAUAUGGUAUGAUGAGUGUAUGGUAAGGUACUCCAACGUGUCAAUUUUUGGUAAACUUUCUAUUGAACCUAAGGUGAGCAUGAUGAACUCCGAAAAAAUAAAUGGAAACCAAACCCGGUUUGGAGAUUUUAUGAAAGAAACAAUGGGUGAAACGGCGGUUGAGACCGCUAACAAUCGGUCCGGAAUUAAAUUCACCGCGAAAACGGUGAAUUUCACUAGGUCAAUUGCACUGUAUGCAUUACAACAGUGUACACCGGAUUUGACUCCCAAUGAAUGCAGUCAAUGCUUGACACGUGCGAUUACGCAACUCUCGGUCAUGCAAGGUUCAAGGGUGUUACAACCUAGUUGUAAUGUUCGGUACGAAAUCUAUCCAUUUUUAAAUGGUGCAGUUAAUUACUCGGCGUCUUCGGUCUAUAAUAACUCGGUGCCGCCAUUUGUAGAGACGACUGAAAUAGGUCAAAAGAAACUAUCAAACAAGAUGAUCAUAAUUAUUGUUAUUGCUAUAGUAGUUGCAAUACCAUUGAAAGUACUUGCGAUAACCUUCUGUUUCAUGAAAAAGAGAGCUAAGAAUUAUCAUCAUUCCAUACCCAUCGGAUGUAGUGAAGAUUUUACAAUAGCUGAUUCCUUACAGUAUGGUCUUGAUACACUUCAAUCUGCAACAAACAAUUUUUCUGAUGAGAAUAAACUAGGUGAAGGUGGAUUUGGGGGAGUCUAUAAGGGAAUAUUGUCAAAUGGACAAGAAAUAGCAGUGAAGAGGUUAUCUAAAAGUUCUGAUCAAGGUGUAGAAGAAUUCAAGAGUGAGGUUUUGUUGGCGGCAAAGCUUCAACAUAGAAAUUUGGUGAGGUUAUUUGGAUUUUGUUUAGCAGGAGAGGAAAAGUUGCUUGUUUAUGAAUACAUCCCCAACAAGAGUCUUGACCAUUUCCUUUUUGAUCCUGAGAAACGAGAACAACUAGAUUGGGGAAAAAGAUACAAAAUUAUAAGAGGGGUAGCUCGAGGGAUGCUUUAUCUCCAUCAGGAUUCUCGACUUAGAAUCAUACAUCGCGACCUUAAGGUGAGUAAUGUAUUGUUGGACAAAGAUUUGAACCCAAAAGUUUCAGAUUUUGGCAUGGCAAGGAUAUUUGGUGUGGAUCAAUCCCAAGGGAAUACAAGUCGAGUUGUGGGAACCUAUGGUUAUAUGUCACCCGAGUAUGCAAUGCAUGGACAAUUUUCUGUUAAGUCUGAUGUGUAUAGUUUUGGCGUGCUAGUCUUAGAGAUUGUUAGUGGCAAAAGGAACAGUAGCUUCUACCAAUCAGGCUAUGCCGAGGACCUUCUAAGCUAUGCAUGGAAGAAAUGGAGAGAUGGGACGCCAUUGGAGUUUGUGGAUGAAACCGUAAGGAACUCGUGCUCAAUACACGAAGUCAUGAGAUGCAUGCAUCUUGGCUUGUUAUGCGUUCAAGAGUGUACUGAUGAUAGACCUACAAUGGCAACAUCGGUGCUCAUGUUAGACAGUCACUCAAUUACUCUUCCAAUGCCAAAACAACCGGCUUUCUUUAUCAAAAGCUAUAUGAAGAGUAAAAAUUUAGAUGAAUUGACGAGCAACUCUACGCCCUGGUCAAUGAAUGACUUAUCGGUGACCGAAGCUGAAGCUAGAUAGCUACAAUAGGCCAUGUGUUUGAAUACAAACACUUUGUAAUGUUCAAGAUGCUUUCUAGGAUUUCUUAUCAAGUUUUCUAGUAUCUAGAUUUCAUUAUUAGGUCGUAAUUAAACCAGUGUUCAUGGAGCAAACAAUAUGAUUAUUCCAAAAAAACAAGUCAACGAUCAAGAAUUAGAGCUUCCUAAUCAUCGCUGACUUGCUUUAGUACCAGUGUUGUAUGUAUUAUUGUGUACUUUUAUAACUAAUGUGUUGCUUCUUAUUUUAAAUCACCACUGCAUUGCGCCUUUUUUUUUUUUUUUUUUUUGAAGACACCACUGUAUUGCUCUAAACAAAUAAAUCUUUGUUUGUCGGAACCCACAUAUACCUUGGUGUUAUGAUAUAUGAUAAAGUUUUGAGGAUUUGAUAUGAUUUGGUUAGGAUACUUAGUUGGCAAAGAUAAGAUAUAUGCUAAGUAGAUAAUAUUCUUUAGAUUUCUUGCCAUAAUUAUCUUGUAUUCUGAUUAUAUAUUGAGGCCAAGAGCCAUGAAUGAAGGUAAGCAAAUAUUACCGAUUAUUAUUUCUCAUGGU